GGGAGCGUGAGUCACCUCAAGAAGAUCGUGGCAGACGACCGCGACCCAUUAUGCCGCCUCCACCUUCUGGAAAAAUUGAGGAUCCGCGCUUAUGGCCUGAGGAUCAACUGAAUAACACGCCAGUAUGUACAGCCACCCCUGUGUCAUCAAUCAUUAUAUGGCGCUGCGUUGACCUCAUCGGUUAUUUCCAUUCGGUUUUCAUAUCGGCUGCUCCCUUAUGACUCCCUGCGCGCCUAUUCUCCAUUUAGCCCGAGGAGCGGGGCGCCAUGUCAGCUGGCUGGGGUGCAGCCUCAGCGCCUGUUCUGCCGUCAGCACCUAUAAUACCACCGAUUAAUGGGGGUUUGCGACGCAAUCCAACCUUGCAACCAACCAGUGGCGCCCCUUCGGUACCUGUCAUGUCGCAGAGUGCGAAUCCACCGGUGCCCUUCCCAACUUUAUCGACGUCACAACCACAGUCGUCUGCUUUAGUCCGGGGACACCGACGAUCGAAGACUGAACCACAGGUAGAAAUACCAGGCGAUCCGGAAGGUUGGCGGAACAGCAAUGCUUCUUCUGUCAGCUCAAUCUGGAAAUCCGUUCGAAAAAGUGUUGGGAGCGAAAGAGGCUCGGGGGGAAGCCGCUCACCUUCGACGGUACGUUGGCUCAGUGCACCAGAUACGCUUGUGAAGCAGUGACGUUCUGCAGGAUCGAUCGGGGAGAUCGUCUGUAGCCCUGUCCUCUAAUGGGUCCUCAGUGGGACCACGGGGACGGACGGAUACUCUGGGCACGUCUCCGGCACGACGACGGAGGAAAUCUUCACUACGGUCAAGCGAACGUCCACCAG